ACGGUGGCCUCAAAUUUGUGAUCUUCCAGCCUCCUGAGUAGUUGGAAUUACAGGGAUGUGCCACCCACAACGUGUGGCAGGGAUCUCUCUUAAUUGAGGGAGAGUCAGGCCUUUUGGUUUAUACAGGCCUUUUUUUUUUUUUUUUUUUUUGGAUGAGGCCCAACCACAUUAGGGAAAACUUCCUCAGGUACCAAUAUAAAUGUUAACAAAAACACUCUCAAAAAUAUCCAGAGGAGCUCUCAUGGCACAAUUGGUUGGUGUGUGGUAUUUAUAUAACGAAAAUACCUGGAUUGUUUGACCAAGUAUCUGGACAUACUGUGAUAUCAAAUUGACACUUAAAAUUAGCCAUCAUAGUUGCUUACUUCUGGUGGUCAUUUUAGUGGUUGUGAACUACCUCAUUGUGGUUUACUGUCCAUUUCUCUAACCAAUAAUGAUAAUUGCUUAUUAGCCAUUUGUAUAUCUUCUUUGGUGAAAGGUCCAGUGAUUUUUUUUUUUUACCCAUUUAAAAAUUUUAUUUGUCCUUUUGUUGAGCCUGAUAUGUUUUUUCUUGUGAGCUCAUGUCUACUGAUGCUUUUUAUGUGGGAAAUUUGGGAACUUGGCUAAGGGAAUAUUUCUUCUGGGAGGAUUUAUAUUUAAAUCUGCCAGGAAUCCAGAGCUAUUACAAAUACAGGUCCACUUCAAAUUGAAAUUUCUAGGCCAGAUAAUUUCCUGCCCUUAAUUUUUCUGUGCCUUUGAUGAGCUUAUUUUCUAAACAACAACAAAAAUAAAAUGCAUGGUCAGAAUGGAAGUAUUUACAAGGAUGAAGGGCUAGAGUAUUUGAAGUUUGGCUGCCUGAAUAUAGGGAAAUCCAGACUGAAUAUAGUUCCAGGUCCACUUUGAUGUCAGGUAACGGGCACUAUCACUGGUUAUAUGUCAGUUUGAACGGAUUAAGAAAUGCCUAGAAGCACCAUAAAGCACAGUUCUGGGUGUGUCUGUGGAUCACUGACAAACUGAGGGAAGACCCAGCUGGAUGUGGGUGACACCAACCAAUAGGCUGCUAGCCUCGAUGGAGUUGAAAGGGAAAGAAGCAAGUGUCUCCGUUUUGGAAGAGCUCCAGUCUUCACUAUUGCCUGUGGACGUUUGUCUUCAGUUUCUCCAGCUUUCCAAUGCAGACUGACUUGGACCAGUGACUGUGCAGGGAGUUCCAGGCCUUCGACCCUAGGACUAGUGCUUCAUCCGUGAUCUCUCCUGCCCCGAGGCUUCCAUCUUCUUUUGCUGAGCAGCUGCUGGAUCCUCUGGAUUUCCAGUACACAGCCAUUGUGGAGUCUUCACUCCUGAUCCUAUGGUUGGCCAUUGUGGAGUCUUCUGCCUCGGAUCCCAUAAGCCUACCUAAUAAAUCCCCUUGGUCAAUGGGCUCCAUCUCUAGCGGCCAACAGUACCAGAAAUUGGCAUCUGGCCUGCAGAUGGGGCUUUCUGCAUGGGGGAUUGAGGGCAGUCUUCUCUGAAGGCACAGUAGGGUUGACUGGAGCCCGGGUGAGAAGCCCGGACUCUUGUGUUUAAGACCAGGAGAGCCAGGGUGGCCAGAGCAGGAAGGGUGGGCCUUCUCUCAAGGGUGUGCUGCGCGGCCCCCACUCAGGCCCCUCCCCCACGCGGUGGGCGGUGGGCGGGGCCCGGCACCGGAAGUCGUUAUUGGAGGCUGGGCGCGUGGGACGAACCGAACGGGACCUCGCUGAGGGCGCAGGGGCUUCGCCUGCAGUCUGCCCUGGCCCGCGCUCCCGCGCCGCAGGUUUGAGAGGAAGGUGGGCCCUGCCCUGUGGAACCUCACCUUCUCGGGUACUUAACCAGAACAGGUUCAACACCUGGUCUAGAGAUUUUCCAUGGAUCCUGUCCGCCCACCAUUCAGGGGCUCUGCUCCUGUCCACCCAUCUCAGUGUGUACGGAUGCCAGGCUGUUGGCCACAAGCUCCCAGACCUUUGAACCUCGCUCUGGGAAGAGCAGCACCUGUAGGCAGAGGCCAUGUGUUUGGAAAGCCGGAGGUACCCAGCACACAGAAUCAGCCAGCACAAAGGGAAUGUGUGGGUUUGGUGUCCAUGUUCCGAGGCAUGGGCCUUGAGAUGGCGUCCCCGACUCCUCCAAAACGAGAAGUGCUUUCUUUAGGUAGAGGCAUUUUAGGUCGAGGCUUGCCGGUUAACGUGGUAUGCAAGGACAAAGAAGAACCCCGUCCCAAUUUUCCUGAUUCUGUGGUAUUGGCAGCUGGGGACAGCAAGCUGGCAGAGGCCACUGUUGGUUGGAAUAGAGUUUUUGGAAGAGGGAGUUCAGAUGCCUCUUCAUUACCUCUGGGAAGAACAGCUGGUGGUACAGGCAGAGGAGUAGAUAAGCCUCUUAAGGCACCUGGCCCUCCUGCCUGGGACCCCCAGCAGCUGUCACCACCAUUGCCUCUGCCCAGGUCCUCAUUGCAUUCUUUAGAUCACCUUCCUGACCCAACUGUGGAACACAAAGAGAAACAGCAUUUUGUGAAGCAAGGAUCAAAAGGAACACCUCAAUCUUUGGGACUGAAUCUCAUCAAAAUACAGUGUCAUAAUGAAGCAGUUUAUCAAUAUCAUGUGACUUUCAGCCCCAACGUAGAAUGCAAAAGCAUGAGGUUUGGCAUGUUAAAGGACCAUCAAGCUGUCACUGGAAAUGUCACUGCUUUUGAUGGAUCUAUUCUCUAUCUGCCUAUUAAGCUUCAACAAGUUCCUGAGUUAAAAAGUCGAAGGAAAACUGAUGAUGCUGAGAUCAGCAUUAAGAUUCAGUUGACAAAGAUCCUGGAGCCUUGUUCUGACUUGUGCAUUCCUUUCUACAAUGUUGUUUUCCGACGGGUAAUGAAACUUUUAGAUAUGAAGCCUGUGGGGAGAAACUUCUAUGAUCCUACAAGUGCUAUGGUAUUACAGCAACACAGAUUGCAGAUCUGGCCUGGCUAUGCAGCCAGCAUCCGGAAGACAGAUGGAGGUCUUUUUCUGCUAGCUGAUGUCUCCCAUAAGGUCAUUCGGAAUGAUUCUGUGCUGGAUUUCAUGCAUGCCAUGUACCAGCAGAACAAAGAAAACUUCCAGUAUGAGUGCAGUAAACUUCUGGUUGGCAAUAUUGUUAUUACCCGAUACAAUAAUCGUACCUAUCGGAUUGAUGACGUGGAUUGGAAUAAGACUCCAAAGGACAGCUUCACAAUGUCUGAUGGGAAGGAGAUCACAUUCCUGGAAUAUUACAGGAAGAACUAUGGGAUCACAGUUAAGGAAGAGGACCAGCCACUGCUAAUCCACAGGCCCAGUGAGAGACAGAAUAAACAUGGGACGCUGCUGAAAGGUGAAAUCCUGCUUUUGCCUGAGCUUUCCUUCAUGACUGGAAUUCCAGAGAAGAUGAAGAAGGACUUCAGAGCCAUGAAGGAUUUGACCCAGCAGAUCAACCUGAGCCCCAAACAGCACCAUAAUGCUUUGGAGUGCUUAAUCCAGAGAAUUUCAAAGAACGAGGCAGCCAACAAUGAACUGAUGCGUUGGGGGCUCUGUCUGCAAAAGGACAUACACAAGAUUGAGGGACGUGUUCUACCAAUGGAAAGAAUUAAUUUAAGAAAUACUUCAUUUAUCACAUCUCAGGACCUAAGCUUUGUAAAGGAAGUAACCAGAGACCCUUCCAUCUUGACUAUCCCCAUGCACUUCUGGGCACUUUUUUACCCAAAGAAAGCAAUAGAUCAGGCCCGAGAACUGGUCAACAUGUUAGAGAAAAUAGCUGGCCCCAUUGGCAUGCACAUGAGUCCACCGGCCUGGGUUGAACUGAAGGAUGACCGAAUAGAGACCUAUAUCAGAACCAUUCAAUCCAUGCUUGGAGUUGAGGGAAAGAUACAGGUAGUUGUUUGCAUCAUUAUGGGCACACGUGAUGAUCUCUAUGGGGCCAUCAAGAAGCUGUGUUGUGUGCAGUCCCCGGUGCCCUCACAGGUUAUCAAUGUUCGAACCAUUGGUCAGCCUGCCAGACUUCGGAGUGUGGCUCAGAAAAUUUUGCUUCAGAUUAACUGUAAAUUGGGCGGAGAACUCUGGGGUGUAGAUAUUCCUCUGAAACAAUUAAUGGUGAUUGGAAUGGAUGUUUACCAUGACCCGAGCAGAGGCAUGCGUUCUGUGGUUGGCUUUGUUGCGAGCAUUAAUGUGACCCUCACUAAAUGGUAUUCACGAGUGGUGUUCCAGAUGCCUCAUCAAGAGAUUGUGGAUAGCCUGAAGCUUUGCCUGGUGAGCGCCUUGAAAAAGUUUUAUGAGGUGAACCACUGUCUACCAGAGAAGAUAGUGGUGUACCGUGAUGGAGUGUCUGACGGCCAGCUAAAGACAGUUGCCAACUAUGAAAUUCCUCAGCUACAAAAGUGUUUUGAAUCUUUUGAGAAUUACCAGCCCAAGAUGGUGGUGUUUGUAGUUCAGAAGAAAAUCAGCACCAAUCUGUACCUGGCUGCUGCUGAGCACUUUGUGACUCCCUUGCCUGGAACUGUGGUAGAUCACACGAUAACAAGUUGUGAGUGGGUGGAUUUCUACCUUCUUGCACAUCAUGUACGGCAGGGCUGUGGCAUCCCUACACAUUACAUCUGUGUUUUCAACACUGCAAACCUGAGCCCUGAUCAUAUGCAGAGGCUGACCUUCAAACUGUGCCACCUGUACUGGAACUGGCCUGGCACCAUCCGAGUACCAGCCCCUUGCAAGUAUGCCCACAAGCUCGCCUUCCUGUCAGGACAGAUCUUGCAUCACGAGCCGGCCAUCCAGCUGUGUGAGAAUCUGUUCUUCCUGUGACUGUGUGGCCUGGACCUAGGCUGGCAAGGAGCAAUUGGACUUCUCACCUCAGUUGUGACUCUUGAGGGACCAGCAGACAUGGAAAUGGGGUUUUGUGUUGGUGUUUUUCCUUUCUCCUACCCUUAGAGUAAGAUUACUUUUUUUCUUUUAAGCCUGGUAUCACCAAGAAACAAGCUUUAAAGUGCUAGCUAGAAAUUGCCUUGAUGCCUUUGUACGGUAAAUGGCAGUAGUGCCGCUACCGUGAGGUAGUGCGGUGAGGCUGAUGAAACACUAGGAGCCCUGCAAGGGCAGGGCACGUAGCUCCGUGGUGGAGUGUACCUAGCAGUGGAGCCCUGCAUUCAAUCCCCAGCACUGAAAAGGAAAAAAAAAAAAAAAAAAAAAAAGCCUCCAAAGCCAACAUGAGCUGUAGAAACCUGCAGAAGCAGCAGUUAUACCUAGAAGCGGUGUUUAAGUAGUUCCCAUUUCUGCUGCCAGAGGUGAUAAUGAAGUCACUGCAUGUUUCUUAAAGUUGUUACUUUAUUUGGGCAGCUGGGAAAGGUGAAAGAGAAGCCUGUGAAGCAGAGUUUUUUGGAGGUAUUGCUGUUGCUGGCAGGUUGAAAGGCAGGUGGUAGAACCAAACAUGCCAUGGUCAGGCCCUUGGUGCCAGAAUCUUCCCUGGGGACUGAAUUUACAACUCCUGUGAUGUGAGCUGGGUGCCUCACAGCUGUUCCUGGGCUUUCUUUUGAGAGAGUUCAGUUGAAGUUUUUUCUAUACCUUUCAGUUACUUUACAAAAUACAACAUUGCUUUCUUGUUCCCCACAAUGCACCCACAUGCACACACAUACAUACACCUUUGCUCUUUAUGACUGAUCUUCCAGAAGGUCUAAUUGUUAAAAUAACAACAGUGGAAAGAACUCAGCAGCUAAGAAAGUUGUGGAAGGGGUGUGAGUUUUUAUUGAACCUUCCUCCCAGGUCCCUGGCCCUCAUUUCUGUGUGUGUUUUUUUUUUUGUAAUGGGAGUACUCAUUUCUCUUGCACAAGAGCUUCUUCCCGCUACAGGCUCACUUGCUCAGAAUUUUUUGGAAUCCCAGUGAAAAUUUCCGGAAGUCUAUUUGGAAAAUGGGGCACGCUUACCAACGUCCAGCAUUACAGUCUGGGAAGUUGUCACGCUGCCUGUGAGCUUCAUUGUUUGGCUAAUGCAGUGGCUUUCUGUGUGUGUUUUUUCUCUCACUGUUUUAAAAUGGUCCUGUCCUUUCAGCUCAGUUCCAUGCUAUCUUGCUUUACUAGGUUUUAAAACGCAGUUUUAUCCUUUCAAAUUUGUAUUUUUCUAACGACGGUAGUCAUUUAUUUAUUGCUGUGAUGGAAAGGAGAGGACAGGGCAGAUGUACCAUUUUUACACAACAAUGCAUGAGUCUCUGUUCUGUAAAGCUCCUUAAGAGAAGCAGUGGGGCUGUUGGUACAGCUCAGUGGAAGAGCGCUUGCCUAGCAUGGCAGUUCCCAGAACUGCCAAGGGGAGAGAAGAAAGAGGCCAGGAGAACUUUUAGUCUGUGGCAUCUCCCAGAGGCUGGGAAGGGAUGAGCACUGAUGGUCCUCAAUUGCAACUGUGGUUUCAUUUGGAGCCCCUGACAUGGGGUGCAGCUGAAACCUGGAAUUUCUUUAUUUAUUUUUCGGGGCGGGGGGGGUUGUUUUUUUUUUUCCGGUAUCGGGAAUUGAACUCACGACCUCCCUCUUGCCAGGCAGGCACUAUGCCACUGAGCUAAAUCCCCAGCCCCUGAAACCCGAAUUUAAAAGCCACAGAAUCAAACACAUUGAACCAUUGGUCUCUGGCUGAAAAGAUCAGUUUCCUAAUUUUAUCUGGAAACAUUGUGAGUUUCUCUUUUGAAGUUGGAUUUCCUAAUGUUCUUCUUCUCUUAAGUAAUGAGAACAAAUACUUGAAUAUCAAAAUAUCUUCACUUUUUACCCUGGUGUUCUUGCUUUGUUUUUCAAUUGUAAUCCAAAUGAUUGGGUCAUGGGUGAGAAAUAAAAACAGAUUGUAUAAAUGUA